UACAAUUCUAUUAAUCACUAAAAACGUUCAUCGAAAGCAAAUGCUAGAAGCAGAGAAACAGACACCUCAUCUUCCUCCCCUCGUCCUACCUACAUUCCCAAAAAUGCUUCUGAGAGCAGCAGUAAAUGAUGUGUUAUUAAAAAACUGGAGCAAUAAUAAAACAACCAUCUUCCAUUAGAGCUUCAAUGCGAAUCGCCUCCGCAGAACCAGGCUUCUUCUGCAACAAUAACAUCAAGAAUGUCUUCAGCCUUCUUCAUAUCCUCUCUGGUCGUGCUGUGGUAUUCAUCCAACAUUGGGGUUCUUCUCCUUAACAAGUACUUGCUCUCCAAUUAUGGGUUCAGAUUCCCAAUCUUCCUCACAAUGUGCCAUAUGACUGCAUGCGCCGUUCUCAGCUACAUUUCCAUCGUUUUGUUCAAAUUUGUCCCUCUUCAGGCGGUUAAAUCUAGGACCCAGUUCUUCAAGAUCGCCACUUUGAGCGUCGUCUUCUGUGGUUCGGUUGUCGGUGGCAACAUCUCCCUCAGGUUUCUGCCUGUGUCUUUUAAUCAGGCUGUCGGUGCCACGACCCCGUUCUUUACGGCCCUCUUUGCUUACUUUAUGACCUUUAAGCGGGAGGCCUGGAUAACGUAUGCAGCGCUGGUGCCGGUGGUUACCGGAGUGGUGAUCGCUAGUGGGGGUGAACCAGGUUUUCAUUUGUAUGGAUUCAUUAUGUGCAUAAGUGCAACUGCUGCAAGGGCCUUCAAGUCUGUUCUUCAGGGUGUCUUACUUUCUUCUGAAGGGGAAAAGUUGAAUUCGGUGAAUUUGCUCCUAUAUAUGUCUCCAAUUUCUGUUCUGGUUUUGUUGUCUGCAACGAUAGUAAUGGAGCCAAAUGUAUUAGAUGUCACUGUUUCACUUGGAACUGAACACAAAUUCAUGUGGCUACUUCUUUUGGUGAAUUCUGUGAUGGCCUAUUCAGCAAACUUGUCCAACUUCUUGGUGACCAAACAUACAAGUCCAUUGACACUCCAGGUGCUGGGAAAUGCAAAAGGUGCUGUUGCUGUUGUUAUCUCAAUUUUCCUGUUCCGGAAUCCAGUAACUUUUAUUGGAAUUGCAGGAUAUUCUUUGACUGUCCUUGGUGUGGUUGCCUAUGGUGAAACAAAGCGACGGUUUAAAUGAAUGAUUUAACACAUUCAUCAUGUUUCAACACUCAGUUUUUGUGUGUGGUUCCAAAGAGUGGGAUAGAGAGCUGUAAAUCCUCAAAGAAGAAUUUUUCUCACCACACCAGUAGGAAUUAAAUCCUUGUCCUUUCAUGUAUCCAAUGAGACAUUUUUUCCCUCUAGAAUUUUCAUAUUUUGUUAUUUCCACUCUUACAAACAUGCAUGUAUUAUUUUGCAUUUGCAAAAGUUACUUUCUGUGACUCACACUUAAUUGCAUUGUGACAUCGGAAUUUGCAAACUCUGUGACUCACAUACAAUCAAAAGUUACUUUCUGUGACUCACACUUAA